GGCUGGCAGAGCAGGGCACUGGAAUUUUUCCGGGCCCAUCCGGCGCGGCAGCUGCCAAGCUCACGCGCUUCGAGCGCCUGGUCGUCAAAGGCGCCAAGGAAGCCUUCGCGGUGGUGCACUACAAGGCUGCCAUCAAGGUCCGGGACCUUGGUGGCCAGCCUUGCACCCAUUGCGGAGAGUGGACUGGGUGCUACUGCGAGGGGUGCACGGGCACACCGACGGCAGUGUGCACUACGUGCGACCAGGAGAGGCUUCUCUGCCACGCCUGCCUGGAAGCAGGCCACCUCUACUCCGAUGUCGAGCGGGUCGGCCAGGAGGGACUCAUCGAAGUCACUGGGUUUCACGAUGAGCGGGGCCAGUUCAUCCGCCUCGACACCUCCGUGCAGAUCCCAGCAGGUGAAGUGCCGCGGAACCGAGACGGUACCUUCAACGUCGAGGAGCUGGCUCUUACGGGGCAGAAGAUGGAGGCUCAAGGGGCCAUGAAAGUGGCGGUGGCAUGGACCAAUGCCAGGCGAUGCAGCUUGCAAGCUACAGAGGUGUUGGGCCUGGAGAUUGCCAGAGAACGACAAUCGAGUGUGGGUGGCCCACCUCGAUCUGUCACUAUGGCUGCCGCCCCUUCCCAGGUGCCUGAAGGCCCGCCGUCCAACAAGGUCCGGAAGCUUACACCGUCUGGCCUUCAGGCGCCUUUGCAUGCACCGAUGGUGACGCAUGCUGCCACAGUGGACGCCUUCGCGAGGGAGGACGCCAUGAAGCAGGCGAAGUUGGACCAGCUUUUUGUCUUAGUUGUUGAAAACGUGGUGGACCUGGCCGAGCUGCAGAUGACUCCGGCCAAGCUGGCUGAUCCUAUGGCUCGUCAAGCCUUCAAGAACACCCUCAUGACAGGGGCCUCCAGGCUCUCUGGGCAGAGACUGGGGGCCCUAUCCUCCCACAAGGUUUUGGUGGCCUUCAUCCUGAUGGUGGCGACGGGCUGCAUUCGUUUUGAACAUGUGCAGCGAUCCCACCUGGUGCGACUUCAUGGUGCUUGGGUGGAAUUUGAAUGCUCGCAGGGCAAAGCGAGGAAGCAAGGAGCUCGCCCUGGGUACCACUGGGGGGUCCCACAGGUGACUAUGAAUGGACAGCACAUGACAAAGGUGCUGCAGGAGUUCUUCACCCACGAGUUCAACCAGGAUCACAAGUUCCUCCUGCCAGCGCUUGCCCUCGAAGCCGAGGAUCUCUGGGAGAUCACAGAGGCGACACCGUUCAUCACCAACAAGCCGAUGUCCCGGGCACGCUUUUUAGAAGUGAUGCGGGGUGCCCUGGUGCAAGUGGGUGUUGACUUUGCCCAAGCCCAAGCUGCAACGUUCAACAAGCUCAGGCGUUUCAUGCCGACGAUGGCGAAUGUGAUGGAACUGCCAGACUUGGACCUUCAGUCCAUUGGCAACUGGACUGAGCUCCCUGCAGGAGGUGGCCGGGACCCCUCUGCAAGGAAGCGCCGAGGGGUCUUGCCAAUGGGCGUCCACUAUGCUGGCUCCAAAGUGCUUCGGUCGCUCCAAGUCAAGCAGCGUUGUGUCGACCGCCUGCUGGCCCUGUACCAUCGCAAGCGACCCGAGCUUGCCAUGACGGAGCAGGGAUACCUGUGUCGAGAUGCCUGGCAAAGGGCGGAAGUAGCAGUGCUCCAUCAGAGCCUGCCUGAAGAGUUGACGCCGCUGGUCCAGACCGCUACCUUGGGCGCCAUUGAAGUCGACCCUGGUGGUUGGAGAAGCCUGAGACGGAGCAGGCAGUUGAGCUGCCCCUGGAAGCCGCCGCAUCUUCGAGCUCAGAGGCUUCGACCGACGAGUCUAGCUCUGCUUCGGAUGAGUCUGCUGACGCCCAGGACUUGUGCGGCGUGCUGGCAGAUAGCAGCGCCCCAGAGGACCUCAGCUGGCUUCGACAGGGCAAGAAGGUGCACCUCGUUCGAGAAGAAGUGGAAGGACGUGCAGUUCCGUGGUGCCGUGACUUUGCCUUCAGGCAGGACCCAGCUGAGCGUGGUUGAUGUGUUUGCGACCCCUAGCAAUUUUGUGGCCCGAGCUCCGACGUUCACCAUGUCGCGCAUUGACGUGCACCAGGACGACAAAGGGCUUGCAGCAUGUUGGGCUGGGGCGAACCUCAAGCCUGACUGGACGGCCGCCUACACGAAGAUCCACCAGGUUUUGACCUUGGAUGACUUCAUUUACAUGGUCAAGGCCAGCGACUGGGAGCAGUCACUGGGUGACUUGCUGUCCCAAGUCCCUGAAUUGAAGGACAACCGCAUUGCGGAAGCGCGGUUCAAGAGCGCUUAUGAAGCGGGCCAACAGGCCCUUAAGCAUGCGGCCCAAUCGGCACCGAAGACUGAGGACCUUGAUGAGGCUCUCCCUGAUAGCACAGUGCAGCAGUUGAACACGGAUUGGACGCGUCGUUACAACUUGCAGUUUGACUCCGUGCUUGAGCCCUCCGAGCAGCUUCGAGCCCGCGUCUAUCGUGAGUUUAAGAAGGGCACCAUGACGGUUGUCGAUAUGAAGAAGGUCCGAUCGGUGCUCACCAUGGCCCAACCGAAGCACGGUGACUCGAUCGCUUUGCCUGGUGGUCUGCAACUGCAGCUGGAGAAGGAGGUCUCUGUGAGCCUCCGCUCAGUGACAGACUACUACUUUGUCAUGCGUGUUUUGGCUCAUGCGUGGGCCUGGGCUGGGAACUACUUGGUGCAGGUGGACAAACAGAGCGUCCUCUUCAUGGAUCUGUCCUGCGCCUUGCACUACUGCGACCGGGCCCUCAAGGACACCAUGGAAUUCGGGGGAGGUAGCCUGCUUUGGUUGCAACGCAACGACUCCCUGACCAGGGGAAAAAUGGCCACUUACAUCAGGCGUGGCCAGCCUGGGCAAUGGGCUUUGGACAGCGCCUUGCGUGACGCGCGCCUCGACUGGCGGUCGCCUGCCGUGCAGCCCUUAGCCGAGGUUCCCGAGUCAAAGCAGAGCAAGAGGCCCCCUGAACCACCGGCGCCGACCACUGACCGGAAGAGACAGGAGGCCAAAAGAUUUGCAAACCUUGGAAUGAUGGCAGGGGAUGCACUGACCCGAAGUGCCAAGCCUUGCACUGCUGCGAUGUGCGCAUGGAUGAAGGGGGCCCGGACUGGGUCCCGGGGGGGUCGUCCUUUGCCUUUGACAGCAGCCGAACCUUCACAUGCUCCUGCAGCACCUCAGGCUGGGAUGAUGGCCCCCUCUGAUCCACAGCCCCAGGAUAAGCCCCUCGCUGAGUCUUGGGAGCCGCAUCGAACAGUUUUGUUGCAUGAUGAGCCGGGGACAACCUCGGCAGUUUUGCCGGCUGAGCUGAGCCAGCGCUUGCAUGGGGCCAAGCCAGUCACUUGGCGUGGUCGGGGCGAUUUGGCCCAGGUGCCUUGGACCUCGCCACCUCGCGGCACUUGGCUGGUCCUGGACUUGUGGGCCGGCUACUCAGGUUUGUGUGUGGCUUUGUUGCAACUGGGCAUGCACUUCUUUGCAGCGGCAGCUGAGUGUGAUGCUGAUGCCCGCCAAGUCGCUCAUGAUAACAUGCCCAACAUCGUCCACGUGGAGCGGGUUGAAGCCCUCACUGCCCAAGCAUUUCAGCCGAUCCUACAACGCCGCAACAUCCGUGGCGUUUUGAUGGGUGGCGGCAGCCCUUGCCAAGGCAACUCCUCUCUGAAUGUUGGCCGGAAAGGGCUGGAUGAUCCCAGGAACGAAUUUUCAGCUCUCCCCGAGAUGGUGGAUCGAGAGCUUGUGGUGUUCUUGGAAAACGUUGGCAGCAUGCCUUCAGAUGUCAGGAGGGCGUACAGCUCAUGGCUUGGUGGUGACCCUAUCUUGAUUGACAGCGCCACGUGUGGAUGGGUGCAACGCCGUCGCCUAUACUGGUUGGUUUCUACGAGCAGAGCCAUCGCCCCGUGCCUUGCACCACCGUCUUGUUGGGACUGGGUCCCACAAGAUAGUGGAGUGCCUUCAUUGGCCUAUGUGGGCGAGAAACCACUCCCCAACAAAUGCUUCUUUCACCAGGGCUUUGGACCUUUGUUGGACCCCAAGACAGUGGUCAAAUCCGGGGGCUCGGGCGCUAUGCAUCCUUUCACGAGGGAAUUCUUCCAUCCCACUGAUCGGACGGCUAGCUCGUCAGCUGCAGCGGUGGAACGCUUCCUCUCAGAUGCCCGGCGGUUUCCUCCCUCGGCGUAUGAGGAGCGCUCCUUGUUGUGGAAGGACCAGCAGUGGCGGCAACCAUUGCCCUCUGAACGUGCCCAAAUGAUGGGCGUUCCCCCAGGUAGUUUUGAUUCUGUGCCUGGUGAUGCAUCAUUGAAACGACAGCGACAGAACAGCCUCAUUGGCAAUGGAUUUCACGUCUUCUCUGUGCUGGCCGUCCUGUGCUUCCUCCCCCAGCUGCUCGAGGCCAAGUUCGUGCCACACCUGUUGCCUGCCGACGAGUUGUCCCUCCGUGAACGGGUGCAGCACACGGUCUGGGAGCCUGGCCGCCUACGGCACUUUCCCCAGCUGGUGUCGGCUUCUGAUGUUGCCAACGAGCUACCAGGCCUGUUUCCACACUGUGUGUUGUCUCCAGGCCUAAUCGCCGACGUUCUGAGGAGAUUGGAGCCCUGUGAGCUCACCGAGAUCCAGGGGUAUAUGGCAUGGUGCAAGCUUCGAGGCCUGCCAGUGGAUGACAUGGGCCCACAGCACAUGACUCGGAUGGAUCGGGCCAAAGUUUACAGUGGCCUGACUGGCCAGCGGCAUGCGGCCGAUUCAUCCAAAGGUUUGGAUCACCUUUUGGUCCCUGGCCUGGGCAAGCUGGGUCACAUGGAAGCUUCCUCCCAGCUGCCCUCGCCCUUUCAACCGACCGAUUGGCCCGAGCAGGACGUGAUGUUUGCGGUCGAUGCUAUUUGUGUCUGGCGACAGUACCUCCCAGCAUAUGCCAGGCGCUUGCGACAGGUGUUGAAGUCCGUCGCUCUGGCUCUCCGUCCUGUCGAGGAUGCGCUCGCCCAGUGGCGCUCUGAGAGUGCUCGCCGGGUUGCAGCGACGAAACGCCCUGCCUUCAUCGCGACGCUGACCAUACUGCUGCGCUGGCCCGACCUGACUCAAGGCCAGUGUCUGGUGACUGGUUACCCUAUUGUGGGGGAGAUCGAACCAUCUGGCCUAUUCCGGCCUAUUGCAGCCAAGGAAGUCGAGCCGCUGGACCAAUGGCUUGUGGAUGCUGGAGCCAUUGUGGAUGCGUUGGUGCAGAGCAGGCCCCCUCGGCAUGCUGCGGACAUCCUUGAGCAGACCCUGGCUGAACAGCAGAAGGGCUUCUGUUCUCCCUCAUACACGCGAGCUACCAUGGACCGCAUGUUCGGCCCGAAUGCCUGGAGGCCGUUGGAACGCUUUCAGAUCGUUCAGGCUGACAACAAGAAGAGGAUGAUUGACAAUGGCAGGCGUACUCACCACAACGCCCACACAAGUAUGCAGGAGACUAUCUUCACUGUCAGCAUUGACUUUGUGGCUGCCGUGGCCGCCUCCUUGUGCAAGCGCCUCACAACACACACCUCCACCGGCAACGUGCCAGAUUGGCUCCGACUCCGUUUGGGGACGGAUGACCUCCCGGACGCUUACAGAGGCCUGCCAGUGUGCGAGCCGCACCAGCGCUUCUCCAUCGUGGCCAUCUUCGUUCCGGACUGUGGAUGGAGGUUUACAGUGCUCUGGGGCCUUGCAUUUGGCCUUGAGAGUGCGGUUGUCUCUUUCAACCGUUUCCCUCAACUUGGCAUCGCCAUAGCCAGGCGCUGUGUACUCAGUAUGGGGGCAGCCUACUUCGACGAUGAGCUUGCCUUGGAAGCUGUUGCAGACGCUGAUGUUUCUCAGGUUGGCCUACGGCUCGUGUUCCAACUUAUGGGUGCCCCUCCUCAGCGGGAGAAGGGCUUCAAACCGACACCCAAUCGCCACUACUUGGGCACCUCCGUUCACACGGGUGACGUCAAUGAUCGAGGUGUGGUUCGAGUUCAACCUAAAGCCACUACUGUCAGCAAGGUCUUAGCCAAAUUGGAUCAAAUUUUGAGUUCUGGCCAGCUCUCGCGCGAUGAUGCUGGCAAACUUCGGGGUGACGUCACCUGGCUGUUUACUAUGUGUUCAGGCCAUCUAGGCAAGCUUGCUGGGCCGGCGCUGACUGCCCACCAAUUUGGUGACAGCUCACUUCUCCAACCUGAUGAGCGACGCCAGCUUGAAGUCCUUCGUUUGGCAGUGCUUAGCUCCAAGCCCCGUGACAUUCCAGUUCAUAUUCAGUGUGCCCAGGUGACACGCGUCUACUCUGAUGCAUCUUUCGAGGACGGUAUCCUCCGGUUGGGCUGGGUCAUUUCCCCUCCGACCUCAAUGCCGGUGGGUGGAACCUGUGUUGUUCCCCCGUCGGUUAUUGCCCACUGGAAACCACGGACUCAGCAGAUUUAUCCAGGAGAGACGCUAGCAGCUGUAGUGGUCCCAGCGCUGUGUCCCACAGUCCUCUGCAACGCAGAUGUCCUGUGGUUCUUUGACAACGAAUCCGCUGUCAGCGCUUUGAUCCGCGCCUCUACGGCCGAACCUGAUGUCUUGAUCCUAGUCCAGCAAGCUCACCUUCAGUUCAAUGACCUUCGGAUGAGGACCUGGAUUGAAUGGAUUGACUCGGCCUCUAAUCCCGCUGACGGCUUGUCGAGGCUCGGGUUGUUAGAUGAAUGGACUGCCACGCAACCGUGGCACGUCCAAGAGUUUUCUUUCCCUCCUCUUAGUGAUCCGGCUACGUUCUUAGCCCAGUUAGCUGCGCCGAUAGGUAGUGUUAACAGUGGGUGA